UACGCUUGUUCCUGCGCAAGACUGCCUUAUGGCAUCGCGUCGAACGCCUGGAUUAUCACAGUGACAUCUCAGACAUGUCUUCAGCCAUUGGCCGUCUCCUCGAGUUUCGGUCAUUGCCUCGUGAUGUCAAGGCUCAAUCGGACGGCGACGACGAAGUCUCGCGAGGUUCCCACUUGCACGACACCUACCGCUUUGCGGAUGACUCCGAAUCAUGCAUCAACACCAUUGAGGAAGCGGUCUCGCUCUUGACCCUUGACGAGCUCAGAGGGCUCGCCAAGGAGGCCAAAGUCCAGGGCAAGAACAAGGCCGAGCUUACAAAGGCCUUUUGCCGCAUGAGUGCCCGACAAAUUGGCCUUGUGGCUGUCGGUGUCCGCCGAUCUAGCACGAACGGUUCGGCAGAUUCUGGGGAUAGUUUGGGAGGCCAAGACCCGAACCGAAACACUCACUUCUUAAAGAAGAUCCUGGCCAUAACGGGGCCGAUGAUCAGGCUGUCAGAACCAGUCUUCAAGUUGUUUGAGCGGGUCCAUUUGGUCUUUUACCGAUCAACCGAGUGGACUGAGAAGUCACUAACAACCAUUAUACUGGCCAAGAUGGCGAGGAGAAACUACCCAGAAUACAUUGCGUGUCGAUCGGCGAACAUCUUCCCAUCCCGGCAACAUCUUGUGGAGUUUGAGUUCUCCAUGAGGAAGGAAUAUGAGGUUGAUCAGAUCCUCGAGUUCAACGGACCCCCCGGAGAGGAAGGGCUCCGCAAGGUGCUCGAGGUGUUUCAGAGUAUUGCGCCUCGCUGGAGAGAGCUGAUUCGGGAAGAGAACGACCGAGAAAACCACGUGUAUGAGUUCGGUGAAGGAGGCUACUUGCGCCGGUUCAACGCUGGCCACGCCUUUACUCGGAUUGCGCACAAGGCGGCCCACGCCCUCGGCCGUCUGCACAGGUACAGGGAAGAACACGAGUUGCUCACCGAGCUUCUCAACCAGCGAUUGUUUCACCCCGCUCGCCGCGGGGCUUGGUACCAACGCAAGGCGCUGCUCGAAGAGCGUUACAUGUGGGUAGCGGAUGUUGAUCCUGUUUCGGCUGACCCCGAGACUCGCAAGAAACACUGGCAGCGCAUCGCUGUGAUUACCUGCGAGACGGCUCUUGAAGACCGCGAUUGCCAUCUCAUUUACCACUACGACUUACAGAAGCGUCUGGUCAAGCUCGAAAAGAAACUGCGCGUUCCUCGCCGCCUGCAGCAUGACUUCGGGCAUGUCAAGUUGCGCGAACCAGAAGAGCACACCGUGCAAGGUAUUCAGAUCGUACGGGAGGAGCCUGAUGCCAAGGGAAACACAGGUCGCAGUCUAAACACAAAAACGAUAUGGCUCGACGAGCUAGGCGACUGCGGCGAGGAUGGCCAACUUCUACAUGUCAGCGUUGAGGAGAUGUGCCUCUCGUACUACCGCAGUCAAGGUUGGAAGGGUUAUCACAGCGAGGGCGGCAUCUUACGAACGAUCUUUGCGUACCUGUUCUUCGACGUCCUCUUCCUUUAUGUCCCAAAUGUCUUCCAGACGCCGUUCCAGACUUGCCCGCUCGAUCUACAUACCGACACUUUCUACUCGGCUCGUGCAAGCCAGAUCAACCAUCGGCUCGUGGAAAUUGCCAACGGAAACGCCGAACGGAUACUCCGCGAGGUCCAUGAGCGGGAACACGAGCGUCGGACCUGCGUCGUGGGGUUGAACUGGGAUUUCGAUAUUGAGAACUUGGCCGAGUUGGUGGCCUGCUUCGAUGGUGGCGCGCUUGCUGCCAUAUGCAAGGUUAUGGCACAGGAGUACAAGGCUCGUGCGGGAGGCGUGCCAGACCUGAUUCUCUGGCGAACAGGCAAAGAUGGGCCGCCAGCAGACGGUAACGACAGUGAUCACCGAAAAGGAGAGGUUAUGUUUGCCGAGGUCAAGAGCGCAAAUGAUCGGCUCAGCGACACUCAACGCCUAUGGAUCAACGUACUAGCCGGGGCGGGAGUCCGAGUUGCCUUGUGCCAUGCAGUGGCGCGAGAGGUGCGGCCAAGCUGACUGUGAGCCUCUUUGACAUUCAGUGUCACCGACCGAAUUCAGAUAUUCCCAUCGGCUUGCAGGCUGAGAAUAGCAUCCUCAUCUCUGAACCUUG